GGCUCUUCGGACUGGAGGGGUGCAGACCCAGCUGCAGGCUGCAUGAGGCAGAGGAGGAGCAGCCGCCCCGUCCAGGGAGUGCCUGCCUGCCUGCCUGCCUUCCCUCCCAGCCUCCCAGAGGAGAGGGGAGCUGAGCCUGCCCAGUUUAGCCUGCUGUAGGCGCCGUCGGGGGUCUUCCCUAGGCCGCUAUGGAAAGGGCCACCUCCCCAGCCAGCUCCCUCCUGCUGCAGCCCUUAGCUUUGGAGGCCAACCAGAGCAGCAGCGACAGCAGGGCCUUGGAGGAGAGCUGGGUGGUGGGCAUGGGCAUCCUGAUGUCCCUGAUUGUGCUGGCCAUCGUCUUUGGCAACGUCCUGGUCAUCACUGCCAUCGCCAAGUUCCAGCGGCUCCAAACGGUCACCAACUAUUUCAUCACCUCCUUGGCCUGCGCCGACCUCCUGAUGGGCCUCGGGGUGAUCCCCUUUGGCGCCAGCCACAUCAUCCAGCGCACCUGGAGCUUUGGCAACUCCUGGUGCAACAUCUGGACCUCCAUUGACGUCCUCUGCGUCACGGCCAGCAUUGAGACCCUCUGUGUCAUCGCCGUGGACCGCUACUUCGCCAUAACUUCCCCGUUCAAGUACCAGAGCCACUUGACCAAGAAUAAAGCCAGGGUGGUCAUCUUGUUGGUCUGGGUCAUCUCCAUCCUGACCUCCUUCUUGCCCAUCCAGAUGGACUGGUACAAAGCCGACACCUUGGAGGCCAAGGAGUGCUACGGCAAUGAGAGCUGCUGUGACUUCUUCAUCAACGGCGAGUACGCCAUCAUUUCUUCCAUCAUCUCCUUCUACCUGCCACUGGUGGUCAUGGUGUUUGUCUAUGCCAGGGUCUUCCAGGUCGCCCAGCAGCAGCUUAAGAAGAUAGACAAGUGUGAGGGCCGCUUCCACCAGCAGAGCUCCCAACAGGAACAAAAUGUGGGCAGAGCAGGUCUCAGGAGGGCCUCCAAGUUUUGCUUGAAGGAACACAAAGCUCUCAAAACCCUGGGCAUUAUCAUGGGCACCUUCACCUUGUGUUGGCUUCCAUUCUUCAUUGUCCACUUUGUGCAUGCCAUCAAUGAAAACGUGAUCCCCAAAUUCCUCUAUGUUCUCUUGAACUGGCUGGGAUAUGUCAAUUCAGCCUUCAACCCCUUAAUUUACUGCCGGAGCCCAGACUUCAGGUAUGCUUUCCAGGAGAUCCUCUGCUUCCGGAGGUCUGCUCUGAAAAUGUACGUCAAUGGAUAUUCCAAUAGCAAUGGGAAAAGUGACUUCAAUGGGGAUCACAAUGGCUAUCAUGUGGGACGAGAAAAGGCCUGUGAAUUGCUGUGUGAAGAAGGAUGCCCCCCUACUGGGGAAGAGUUUUUGCAUUGCAAAGGUGUUUUUUUUUCAGUGAAGCAAGAGCAUUUUGUUUUCUCAAGUGAAAGCCCUACCCUGAAGAAAACAUUGUUGAGAUUCCUGGGUGUCCUGGAAUGGUUGAAAGUUGAAUGGGCAAAGCUGUCCUCCUCAUCAUUUGCAACUUGCCAGAAGCUUGCGGAGAGUCAAGUUCAAGCUCAGCUAUACUUCUGUCAGAAUGGGAAAAUGAUACAUUCCUUUCUGAAGGGAUAAAAGAAAGGGCGGCAAGUACGCCGAGACAGCAGGCUGUGGUGCAUGUGGGAGUCUGCAGUGAAUGAACCAUGCCAGGGACCCAGCUAUGAAAAACAGAAUUCAUUCUGUGAAACUACUGUUUGAGAUUAUAUUGGUGGAGUCUAUGCAGUUCAGGAAUGAAAGAUGUUCUUAGAGCUGAACAAUAUGAGUUUCCAAUGCCAAGGGAAGAGUUAGCACAGUCUUUCUCACGUACACUGUCUCCAGAGGAUGUAAGGAGCUGGAAAAAGACUGGGAAUACAUUUCCCCCUAUUAGUGUUAGUCCACUAAUAGAAGGGACACUAAACAUCAGGCUUCCUGGUGAAGCCAGCAGAUUGGCCAGAUUGGGACUGGAUCUCAAUGCAGACCUUUUCGCAUUCAGAUGUUAAAAGAAAUCUGGAAAGGAUACACAAAGAAACAGUAUUAAAACCAGUUUAGGUUCACAAUGUGUUUUCAAAAUCAUUUUCUGAUCCUUAAGUUUUUGGCCAAUUUUUCCAAAACAAAGGCACCCGCUCCCAUAGAGACAAAAAGGAAUCAUCACCCUACAAUAGGAUUUUAAAUCCUUAUUCAGUAUUUAUCUAAUUUUGAAAAACCCAUGUUUCCUCAGUAUUUACUAGCUUAGCUUUUCCGACACAGUUUGUUCUGAUAUUUUUUAUACAAUUUCAUUUAAGUUAAGAUUGCAAGGUCAGAAUUUGGAGGCAGCUUCUCAAUUUCUCACUUUCUCCUCCUCCUUCUACAUUUAAAGCAACUAAACAUCAUUCAUAUACAUUUCUUGAAGCAGGUUUUCUUGCAUGACCCUAACGUAUCAUAGAUAACUGAACUCUUUCUCUGCCUUACUGAGACAUCUUGACUUAUUUAUUCAGCUCAUUUCAGGUGCUGCUGCCGAAUAAUACCCCUUGUUAGUUUGCCAGGAUAAAGUUUGGUCAUUCAGAUCUUUUUAAGAAGGCAAAUGAAUCCAGGUGGGGCAUCUGGGAGGGACAGACAAAUGCUGAGGGUUAUGUGAGGAAUUUGGAGUGGAUUGGCUCAGGUUUGGGGAAAAUCUUCAGAGUUGUGGUUUUAUAGCAAACCUGCAUUCCUGAUCCAUUAAAGAUUGAAGCAUUUAAAAUAUUGCUUUCUUUUGGGAUCUUCCCCCCCGCCCCACCAGCCUAGAAAUUAAUAUUGAGCUUUAAAAUGCAGAAGAAAAGGCCUUAUUGUAUGGAGGACUUUAUCCUGUAAGACAUGAAGGAUGCCUGGAGCUCCCCCCUGAAUUAUGAAGACUUCUAAUGUAUAUCUUGUUCCAAAUGUUCUAUGUGAUGGGAUUCAGCAUUGCCUAAAAUCAAAGAUUUUCAGUUUCCACCAUUUAUGGCUACAAAAAAGGAGAAUUAUGGCAUCUCCACACCAAGAAAAUUCAUCUGUCAGCAGAGAUGCUGGUGUUCUUGCUAUUCAGGACAAGAAAUGAUUGUAUUGCUGCUUGCUGUUGUGGACUGUGCACAUGCAUAAACCUCUGUCCUUGGACAGUUUUUGAUUCCUGGAUUUCUCAUGUAUUGUGGUGGGUGGGUUGGAGGGAGCAAAAGAAAGGUUUCAGGACUCUGUGAGGCAUGUCUGCUGUGAAAUCAAGGCAUGUCUGGCUUCCAUCAGGGCUACUCUAUAGUUGGGACUGUUAUUUAUUUAUUUAUUUAUAUGAUGAAGAUGAUGGUUGAUGAUGGUAACAACAAUCACGAGGAUGUAAUAGGAAGCUGUAGUUUCUUUGUCUGGUCUUCUAACCUUCCUUUCCAAGGGGGAGACAGCAACAAACCUCCCUCAGCCCAGAACCACCGAUUCCACCAAAAUAAAAUUGAGACUCUGUUGGUUGA